CCUAGACGUGAGUUUUAGCCCCCUUUUCUUCCUGCCCCUGACCUGCCGAGUUUAAACACACCCUUUACCCCUUACCCCUUUUAUUGCUACCUCAGUUUUGCCCCUUAAGGUAUCUUAUUAACCCCGAUCACCGCCCCGUCCUCCACCCGCGUCGGUAACAUGUCAUUUGUCAAGUCUUUCUCGGCCAGGUAUGCCGAUGAGGAUACCAUCUAUGGGGCCCUGGCCAAGAUAUUUCCUAUGGAAACCGGAAUCACUGUCAUCUACCAACGUGGCCGUUUCAUCUGCACUACGCCUAGGGAACUCACGAGGGAGGAGACUUCGGCUAUCAAGGCCGCCAUAAAGGCGAAUCAUUAUGGGGAUGAGUCCUGAUGAAUACACUUGGGCGGACUGCAUACGUGAGGAGGUUGUUUAGGGUUCAUGGGGGUAAUAGAUCAACUUGAAGCGAUGGGUCUAAAAGUAGAGGAGACGGAGCAGGGGUUGCAAAGUUGGCCACGCUGACUGUUCAACACAUAUUGGGUAGCGGUAUCCAUGAUUGGUUUCACUUUUGAUUGGAAGUGCGAUUCUAAAUCUCCUGGCAUACUAAAUUGCACACGCGGUACAUAGUUCCUACACUACUACUUAGAUAGUAGGACAGUGGAGAGGGUAGUGUACAAAAGUACUUGAAAAGAAGUUGGUUGACACUGUUGAAAA